AUGUGUCCCUCCUCUUCCUCCGCAGGCGCUGAUCUCUUCUCUAACUGCACGGAGGAGUGUAAAGCCCUGGGCCACUCGGACCGCUGCUGGAUGCCGAGCUUCGUGCCCUCCGACGGGCGCCAGGGCCCGGACUACCGCAGCAACCUCCACGUGCCCGGCAUGGACUCGGUCCCGGACACAGAGGUAUUUGAAAGCCCCGAGCAGACGGCUGAUAAGUCGUUCUCCACGUUUGGCAAAGAGACGCCUCUCAGUCACCUCCACCAAAUCCACCAAAACCACCAACACCUCAAAAACCAUCAUCACCUCAGCCACCAGCAGGGCUCCAUAGAGAGGAAAGAGUUGGAGGCUUUUCUGCCUAGCUCCAGAGCGCCUUUUAACCCCGCUUACUUAACGAGGAAAAGGGUUUCCUAGCUCCUUUCGCGUGGACAUACCAGAGACCGCGUGACUUUGCACAAUCACUCCUGGACGACCAAGGCUACAAAAAAAAGAAAGCAUCAAAAUUGAGCCCCAACCCCACCCUCACCCCCUCCCCCCACCCUGUCUCCCCCCUCCUCACCUGGGAAAAUAAAAAUAAACUACCAAUAAAAACACGAUUACACACCUUAAGAAGGAAGUGAAGAUCCCUCCAUCCUGGACUCUUUGGAGCACUGACCCCACCUGCAGGAUGUGGAACUGUUUUUUUUGGGGGGGGGGGGGGGGGGGGUUUGCAGGGAGGUGGAUGAAUAGCCUUACUCGCUGGGAGGACCCCACUGUCUCAGCCGGACUGAGAACCUAACGGAGGACGAGGAGGAGGAGGAGGAGGGACUCUGAUCUCUCGGAGCUUUUCCAAUCUGCGUGUGCCUGUUUACAGGAGGAGAAUCAAAAACCAGACGAGGACUGCUUCAAAAAGACUGAUCGAUACGAGAGCCACUCGGGAGAAACACCGCCACUGAGCCCUUUAGGCGUUUGAACUCGCAGAGAGAGACAGAGCGACGCCAAACUGUACAGGAGAAUCUUUGUGCAUUUGAAGAUGCAACACCACUGUUUUAGAUUUUUCUAUUCUGUUCGUGCGGUCAGGUGUCUCUAUUCCGAUCUACUUCACACUUUGUAAGAAAAGACUGUGGGCAGGAUAUUUUUUUAUUUAUCUUUUCUUUAUGUUGACGGGGCUUUGGUUUGUUCACCGGACGCCGUCCGGCCCGCUCUUUUUCUGGUUCUGAGGCGUGGAGUAGUUUCUAUCAUGUGUGAGAAGUGUUUACUGUACUCUUUUAAAACGUUUCAAGCUGAAUAUAAAACUCUAUAUAUAAAUCUAUCUAUAUCUACUUGUUCUGAAGGCGUGCUAUCCGUUUGCUGGGUUCACAUUCUGAUUGGAGGUUGAAGGAGGCGUGGAGAGAGACACAACAGCCUUAGCAGAUGUAAAACUCGACUUCUCAUCCUUUCACAUCAGUUUGUUUCUUUUUUUUCCACUUUGGGGAUAAACGGUCAUGUCCAUAAGUACGGGAGGCGGCGGGUUAGACAUUCAUGGUAAUUUUUGUGUCAUUGUAACCAAAACUUUUAAGGGUCCAUUUAUAAGGAAACAAAAAGGCCAAAAGCAGACGGUGUUUGUCAGCACUGCGGCGGGAUUCAGUACACACACACACACACACAUGACUUUCUCACACAUUACAAACACAAACACACCGAUAUGCCAACAAUAAACUGAAAAAUGGUGAAAA